UUUCCAUAGUAACGCAGACAACAGAACAGGAAGAGAACUCGAAGAAGCCCGAGCUCAGUAUACGUAAAGGGGACUAAAUGUAGCUCGUUUUAAGUGUUUGUUAUUGAGAUAUUUAUCACAAAUUAAAUAAAUCUGCAUGGAGUAUUCACCGGAGAGGAAGAGGAGCGGACUUCCGCGGGAAGUGUGGAAAUGGGUGCAGAGUCUCGAGCUCUCCAUUUCACCCAAAAACAUCCGGAGAGAUUUCUCUAACGGUUAUCUGGUGGCAGAGAUUUUUUCCUGGUAUUUCCCCGAGGAUUUCUCCCUACACACGUACGAUAAAGGAGCGUCGCUCAGCACCAAGCAGAGCAACUGGAGUCAGAUCAAGAAGGUGUUGGUGAAACACCAUAUCAGUUUGAUGAAGGAGUCCAUUAAUGGUACGAUUCACUGCAAACCAGGAGCAGCUGAGGCUUUAGUUCAGGAGAUUUACACACUACUGACCAACAGAAGGAUCCAGAGUGUCCAGGAGGAGGCGCUGGACUUCACCGAUCAGCGUUAUCAGGAGCGGCUGCCCAUGGUGGCUCGAGCCACGGUGUCUAAAGCCAUCAAAAACAACCUGCGUCUGAGCGAGGAGCUGGCCGAGCCCAACCUCAACACCAACCUGAGGAAAAUCCACAACAUCAUCCACCGGCAUGUGGAGCUCCGGAGAGAGGAGAGGAGCCAGAACCCCAAGCGUUUUAAUGUGAAGCCCACACUGGGAGAGCAGGCCAUCCGACUACCGCCAUCACACACACACACACCACCACCACAGGGUGACUGAUGGGAGUCGCGACUCACUCUGCAGGGAUCGGAUUCCCUCUCCCUAUCUACUUUGGAAAUAAAGAUCUAUUUUAAUAUUUCUAAUCAGACCGAACGUACACAAUCUCCACUUUACAGCAAAUCAGCCUGGGGAUUAGCAUCAUGAUGACUGUGUAAUGAGACGUGCGCUGUGCAUAAUGAUUUCAGCUCCCAUUACUUGUUAGCUACAUUAGCCUCGUAGCUCCAGGACAAAAAAAAAAUCAGACACUAAACAUGUUUUUGUUAAUCGAGUACGUUUAGAGGAAACAGUACUUCUGAGUGUUGUGUUUUAUGAAAUGAAGUGUAUGACCAGUAAUAAACAUCAUAAGUAAUAAAUCAA